AUGAUAGAGUGCGAUCCAAUUGGGCACCAACAGAAAUCAAUGUUGGAGCGAACAGUAUCACUGAUGCACCUUGUUUCGUUGUCGGAUUCAAUUGAGGAUGCAUCCGAGGACAUGAAUAUGUCGAGGCAGUCUGCAGGAAGUAGAUUUGGUGUAUAUUCUGAAUGUUCUUACACACCAAUGAGCAAUUCGGUCGCUUCCCAAAAAGAUUUAGGCGUGGACCUGUUUUUGGAGUCACCACAACAUCAGCUGUUUCUUCAAUCAGUUUCCGUUAAUAACUCUUUCCCUGAAAAUCCCAUCAAUAAACAACAAAGCAUCUCGGUGAAGGAUUCUAUCGAAUACAAAGAGCCUCUCGUCUCAUCGGCUCUUUUGCCUUCGCCUCCACGAAUUGUAGACAUUGGUCACAUCAGCGCCGAACCGAGUACUUUAAUACAUGAAGAUUUAGAAGAGAGCUCCCCCGGCGAUAGUAAACCUAUUGAGACAGAGAGUAGACGCAUGAACGUCUUGGAGGUUACGAAUCCUGUCCCACACGACCAAGAUAGGGAGCAGAAUUCUAUGAUGUUUCAAAUUACGAAAGGAGGUGUGAAUGCUGAUAUUCCUCCAGUAGCGCGUGGCCCGCAGCCACCCUGUGUGGAGCCCACAAGGUAUCGCAAUGGGGAGCGCAUUCGCCCGGCAGCUCCAGCCCGCACUAUCACCACUACCGAUCCUUCCAAGCCUAGUGGGUCAGGAGCCCAAACUAAUCCCAGGAAGGGGAGCAUCACGGGUCCUUUACAUCCUCAAUUGAUAGGUGCGCCUAUCAAUUAUCCUGGAGUAGCAUCAAGAAACGGUGAAAGGAUCAACGAGGUACUUCGGAAUAAAAUUGGCAACAACGUCUGCCCUACGAAUUUCGGUAUGCCAUGGGGCGUAAGACGUGGCAGGCUAGACAGGGUUCAGUACGGGCAGGCUCGACCUCCCCCCUUUUCCAUACAGCCACAACCCAAACCACAAACACAAACUCAACCACCGCCGCUCCAACCAGGCGCGCUCGGCACGGGUUCGAGGCCGACAACAAAUGAUGCUUCUGGCGCGCAAAGAAAGGUGGAAUGUAGUAGGAAGAAAAAGGCUAUCCGAACGACCGUUGGAAACGACUCUAGUUGGUUAAAGGAUUUAGUUUAUACGACGUGGGUCGAUACGCCCAAAGCCUCAAAUGCGAAGGGUGGUCAAAAGCAACUUAGUAAAACCACUAGGAUGGAACCAGCAAUUCAAAAAUCUGUUAAGAUGAACUUUUUCAAAACUGUUUGCUCCUUUUUCUCAAAUAAAAAGAGUACCUGA